CUUGCCUUGCCUGUAGUUUCUAGAAUAAGUAAUUUGUAAAGUUCAAUUUGAUGUGAAGGCAAUCCAGUUUAACAGCAAGUAUUAUUACAAGAUGUUAAAUGUUACCUCAUCGUGAAUAAUCGUGAUCAUAGACUACUUGUUUCGUUCGGCUAACCAGAGGAGAGGAGCGGAUAGCCUUCGUUUUGAUAAAAUUAAUUUCGAAACUUGCAUUCUGAAAACCUUCAAGAUGUUAAUGAUUUGCGAGUCUAGUUCGUGUACACACGAUCAUGAAUGUUUUCCAAACAAUUUUCCGAUUUUCUGAAGAUUGCCUUCAACUGUGUUUUUACUUAUUUAUUAAAGAUGUGUAAUAGUGGAAAGAAAAGCAAGGAACAGGAUUCAGUGUACUGUUUUAAACCUUUCUCCUAUGAGAAGGUUAAUUUUGAAUCUGGUAAUGAUAAAGUUCCUCAUCCAAGAAGUGGGCAUAGGAUAGGAGCAGAUUCGUCAAAUUUUUACUCAUUCGGAGGCUAUAAUCCAUUAAUCCAACGUGAAGAAUAUCACUAUGAAGAUGAUUCAUAUAUAGAUUCCUAUCCUUUGUUCCAAGAAUUGUGGAAGUUCAAUUUUGCUUCAAAAAGGUGGACUAAAUUCAAAAAUGGAACCACUUUGCCCAAGGAACUGGUGUCAAAUGCAGUGCUGUUAAAUAAAAAUAUUCUGAUGAUUUAUGGUGGUACUGGAUCUCCUUUUGGAACAAUAUGCAGUAAUCAAUUGUAUGUUUGUAAUAUAGACGACAUUGACAAUCUGAUGAUAGAGAUUAAAACUACUGGCCAGUUACCAUUACCUCAAUAUGGCCAAGCCAUUGUGUAUCAUAAUGAUUAUUUAUAUGCCAUAGGAGGAACCACUGGGUUUGAUUAUACAUGUGAUAUUCAUAGGUUAAAUUUAAAGACUUUAAUUUGGGAACCAAUAUAUUUGUGCAAGGGAGCUGGAAACUAUGAGCCUCCUGGUAGGUACCGACACGAAGUCGGUUUUGACGGAAAGAAAAUAUUUGUACUAGCUGGAGGUACUGCUGAUAUGGUUUAUGAUUUUGCUGAUAUUCCUGCUUUCGAUAUGGACAAGAAAAAUUGGAUCUGCGAAAGAACCAUUCCUGCUGGCCAACAUGGAGUUCCUAUGGCAAGAAGAUGUCACGGAGCAGCUCAAAUUGAUCAUGGUAACGGCAUAGAAGUUUUUAUAACUGGUGGUCUUGAUGGCGAAGUGAUUUUUCAAGACUUGUGGCGACUAAACUUAAAAACACUCCAAUGGACCUAUUUUGAAAUGUGUUUCCUACCACGGCCUAUAUAUUUUCAUGCAGUCUCUGUCACGCCGCAGGGCCGUUUGUACAUUUUUGGAGGCAUUCACACCCUAAACGAUGAAGUUAAAAGGAGCAACACAGUGUACUCGACAUGGGUGUGCAUUCCAAAGCUAAGCGAACUAUGCUGGGAAGCUGUGCUAAAAUAUAGUCCUCAUAUUUUUAAAUACUCCAGAAACGACUUAAUUAAUUUAGGGCUGCCGCGACAUUUUGUCCAAAGAUUGGGUGAUAAGUCUUAGCGCUGUGGCAAACCAAAUGUAUUUGUUUCCGAGUGACCAGUAUUCUCUUGGAUUCGAAGUACGGUUUCGUUGCACUUUGCUGCUGGCAGCAUUUCGUUACUCGCAUCGCCACGCCACCAGCACCUGAUUCUCGAAACAAGGGAGCAGUGUUUUCAUGAGAAUUAUUUUUUCUGCCAUAUGAGAUUUUGCAUGAAACUAAGAAGGACAAAGGCAUUUAUUCUCAUAGGAAUCCUGUUCCUCGUUUUGAGAAUCAGGCGAGUGCCAACGCGUUAACAACGAUCGGGAAGUGAUACGUUCCGGUGUACCGGCCGAUCGAAGAUCAUUAUUAUUUUUUGUAUUUUCAAGAAAAACACAAUUUCUUUUUAUUUUUCUUAUAUGCUUACAGGGUUUAAUAAUAUUUAGGCAUGUUUUUUUGGCUUAUACAUAGUUUUAAGUUUAAUUUCCACAGUUCAAUUGUAUUGCUUCAAUUUAUACUAUGUUUUAUUAAGAAUAUACGCAUGUAAUAAAUUUUGAUAGAGCUAAUAAAUUCUUUGUACCCAGACUCAAAAAUAUUUACCUAAAAAAUGCAAAUUUGCUGCUUUGUAAAUGGACAUUUUUGUUCACCCACCAAAGGAUUAUGUAUUGAUUGAUUGAUUAAAAUAAAAUUAAUCAAAUUUAAAAAGAAAUAAUAAAUGUCAUAAAAUUGAAGAUAUCAGUGAAGCAACACAAACUAAUUUAUUAAAAAAAGAACAAAAACAAAAAAAAGUAUUUUAUAUUCUUUCAUGUUAUUCUCCAAUACAAUUAUCAACAACAAAAUGGCUUGAAUUUUUUUUUUCUUUUAAGGGCUCUUAGUUCUAACCAUUGCUCUUGAUUUGGUACAUACAUUUCCGCCGGCAUUUGUUGAUGUUGAUUGUCUUCUUCUGAUUCUUCUAAAACAGAAAACUAUGUAACACUUGUUUCUAGAGUGAACUAAACCAGUUGUGGCCUGUGACUUAUUUUAAGGGAGGCAGCCCGAAAAAAAUAAAAUGAGCGUUCAUUUCUACAGCGAGCCGCCACUGGACUAAACAUGCAUGACCAACUUUUUCGAUUUUUCUUAUUUAAUUUGUUUCAAAAAUUACUUAAUUUCAUCAAAUAAAAUAAUUAGCUUAAUGAAAAAAUAUUUGUUGCAUUUUUUGUGGUCAGCUAAAAGUGGCUAAGUAAAACUUUCUAAGCCUAACAGCAACUUUAUGUAAAUUAACGAUUGGGUACCACUUAAUAAUUCUUACCAGUUUUUUUAGUAAUUUUUUUAUCAACCAUCUUCAAUCUUUCACCAGGACAUCUGAGAAGUAACCUGCCAACACCCUCGCAUCUACGCAAGACUUCAUUUUUCAAUAACUUUUUCCUCAUAUGUUCAGUUAUAUAAGGGCAAUCUUUUAUCCACAUGCUAACAUAAGCAAAAUCACAAAGUAGCUGAAAAGCGCCCCAUUGUGAGAAUUUAAUUUUUUUAUUGUAUAUGUGAUCUAACCAGGAUUCGCUUAUAAGGGUUAGGAUCAUGUUGCAUAUGGCGUCGUUGUCAACUGAUUUUAAGACUGGAGAUAACAUUUUGUCUAAAAAAAAGGACUUUAAAAUUUUGCUAAAAGUGCCUCGGUAUUACCUAACUAAAAAAUCUAUCUCUUAUUUUUUGGUGUUUUAAAAACACAUACUUUGAAUGGGGGAAUAUGAUUCCUUCAAUAGUCAAACACGCCUUUCAUGUUUCUCAAUAUUUAAAUUUGUGCUUUUUAUAUUACUUAAUUAAAUUUUUAUUUUAUUAUUUCGGCUAAAUAUUUCAUCACCUAAUAUUUCAAAAAGAUAUUUAGGAUUGUUUGAUGUCCAUGAAGUUUUUUUCCAAUUGCCCAUGACUGAUUUUAUUAUGUUCACUUAUAGUGAAAAUAUUAUUGAAAAUAAUUAACUUCCCCUUUUG